CUUCCGGCCCCAGUGGACUUUGCUCUGCGCCCCGGGUCCCUAGCAGGUUAUGGCUCCGCUACGCUUCUCCGCCAAUGUGUCCUGGUUGUUCCCGGAGCUCUCCGGUCUCCCUGCACGGUUGCGGGCGGCGGGGAGCGCGGGCUUCGAGGCCGCCGAGGUCGCCUGGCCCUACGCAGAGCCACCGGAGGCGCUGGCGUGCAGGGCGCGAGAAGCAGGGCUGCAGCUGGUGCUCAUCAACACGCCUCCGGGAGAUCGAGAGAAGGGGGAAAUGGGGCUGGGGGCCGUUCCCGGGAGGCAGGCGGCCUUCAGAGAGGGGCUGGAGCAGGCUGUGCUGUACGCCAAGGCUCUAGGCUGUCCCAGGAUUCACCUGAUGGCCGGCCGAGUUCCACAGGGCACUGAACGCGCAGCAGUCAGGGGUGAGAUGGAGACCGUUUUUCUGGAGAACCUGAGGCAUGCCGCUGGGGUUUUGGCUCAGGAGAACCUCGUGGGACUGCUGGAGCCCAUUAACACCCGCCUCACUGACCCCCAGUACUUCCUGGAGUCGCCCCACCAGGCGGCAGCCAUCUUGCAGAAGGUUGGAAGACCCAACCUCCAGUUACAAAUGGACAUAUUCCACUGGCAGAUCAUGGAUGGGAACCUGACGGGGAACAUCCGGGAGUUCCUGCCCACCGUUGGGCAUGUGCAGGUGGCACAGGUCCCAGGCCGGGGGGACCCUGGCAGCCCUGGAGAGCUGAACUUCCCCUAUUUAUUCCAACUGCUGGAAGAUGAAGGCUACAAAGGCUUUGUAGGUUGCGAGUACCAGCCUCAAGGAGACACAGUAGAGGGCUUGAGUUGGCUACGUUCCUACUGGGACAGGCGGGGCCGCCCCCAGGCUGGCCCGUGAGGCCCUGCUGCCCACCCACGUCUCUGCGACAGUGAGCUGAGCAUCCUCUGAAUUAAAGACAACCUGUUGAAUGUGU